GGCAAAACCUCUAAAUAACACUAGCUUUCCUUCUCAAAGAAAAACACUAGCUUUCAAACUAGCUCAUUUCACAACCCAUCAGGAAGAUCGACGAGAUAAUAUGGAGAGGGUGACGAGGCUAUCGACAGAGAAGGCGGUGGUGAUCUUCACACCGAGCAACGACUGCCCAAUGAGCUACACAGUGACGACCCUCUUCUCUGGCCUCGGCGUGUGCGCGGCCGUGCACGAGCUAGACAAGGACCCCCGCGGCCGCGACAUGGAGCGCGACCUCGCCCGCCGCCUAGGCCGCACACCGGCCGUCCCGGCCGUUUUCAUCGGCGGAAAGCUCGUCGGUUCCACCGACAGGGUCAUGUCACUGCACCUCGGUGGGAAGCUGGUGCCGAUGCUCAAGGCCGCCGGAGCGAUCUGGCUCUGAGCCCGAGAGGCUGUGAGAGCAUAAGUUAACUCCCACGUAUAAGUACUGCAUGCAUGCGUAGAGAGGCUUGGUUUGUAUUUUGCCUACUAAACCGUCCUCACGUGAGUACGUAUAAGAAGACGGGAGCACCAGAAGUUUUGGCCGCUAUCGAUAAGAGAAUCACAAAGCUGCGUAUCUUUGUAUGAAAAAAGUGGACUUCUUAAUUCUCAUUGCACCCCUUUUUCA